AUGCCAUACUUCAAGUCGAGCCAGGAAUGGCUUGAGCAAUCCACGCUUCUCCUCGAGGCCAGACCUUCUACCGUACGUGUCGCUAUAAAGCUCGCAUUUGCGUCGAAGCCGGUUCCACGGCCUACAAAAGGGGACACAGAGGUGACAGACAGAGAGCGGCCCGUCAAAUCACGAAAAAGGAGAGCAGAUGACGCCGAUGGAGACACGCCCGUCAAUGACGCCCCGAAACCCCCCCGCGGUAGCCUGGUUAUAAAGACAUAUGAUCCCGUCAGUGGUGUCACGCUCAAGUACCGCACCACCAAGGCUGCCGAGGUCUCGCGGUUGGUCUACUCGUCUCUGGGUCGCCUGGGUCGGGGCAUGGCUGCCAUGCCUCUCGAUGUUCCGGAGGAGGCUAUGCCAGAUGCAUCCGGUGGUGGUGGUGGUGCUGCUGACGGCGGUGACGGAGACAACAAGGGUAGCGGUGCGGCCACGCCGGCGUCACAACAACCGCAGGGGCAACAAGCACAACAAGGUGGCGGCAAAAAGAAGAAGAAGGGUAGAAAAUAG